AUGGCAGACGGUACCAGACUCAAGAAUCUAGAUGAACAGCUCCGGAAACUUGAGACUAGGGUUCAGAUUCAAGUAGACUCCCUGCAAACGGAGUUACAGGACGCUCGAACGCACGUAGAUACCAAAAUGGACGAGCUCGACAAGAAGAUUGACGCGUUAAUGGCAGGAAUGGAGACGAAGUUGACUUCAUUUCUGCAGGCUCUCAACAGAGACAGAGCAACAGCAACUGGUGAUUCGCCUCCCCCAGAGAAGACUCCUCUACUGACCAAUCCACAUGCCAGAUGCAGAGAGUGGGGAGAUCAGUCAGCAGCAGGCAAGGAGCAUAAGGUUACGAUCCCAAGCUUACCUAAAGUAGAACUUCCUUUUUUUGAAGGGGACAGACCUCAGGAAUGGAUCAGAAAAUGUGAGAAGUAUUUUCUGGUUCAUCAACUUCCUGAGGAUCAGAAAUUGGAAGUAGUGGAGAUGUAUUUGGUAGGGAAAGCCGAAAUAUGGUUUCAAGGAAUUAAAAGGAGCAAGGGACGAACCUCUUGGGAAGGAUUCUGUCAACUAGUCAAUAGGAGAUUUGGAGACAGAGAGAGGAGAGACGAAGUGGAGGAAUUCAACAAGCUUCACCAAACCACUAGUGUCAAGGACUACCAAGAGAAAUUUGAGGAAUUGAGUUCCUUGAUGUUAAUCAGAGAUCCUCACCUAUCUGAAUCCUAUUUUGUUUCCAGCUUCAUCAGCGGUAUUAAGGAAGAGAUCAAGCCUAUGGUUAAAAUGUUGAAACCUGCUACCUUACUUGAGGCCUUCGAGAUUGCAGAAUGGCAGGAACAGUUAUUGGCAUUCAAUGGGAGGAAUACCAGAAACUUUAGGACUUGGGAGCCUGGGGAAAGCUCCAAGUCCCUCAGUGCUACUGUUGUAACCAAACCAAGGGAAAAAAUUUCAGAACAAAUUGGCCAAAGGAAGUGGACUCCAGAGAAUACAAACCAGGAACAUAGGAAGAUCUCUCCUCAGGAGAUCUUACGCAGGAAAAACAAUCACCUGUGCUUCAAGUGUGGGGAGAGGUUCAGCCCAGGUCACCAGUGCAAAUACAGACACUUAAAUCUCAUUCUAGAAGAGGAUGAGGAAACUGAAUUUCUGGAUGCCAUUAGGGAGCAGGAUGAGCAGACUGGCCAUCCAGGGCAAUCCGUGGAUAUAUCUCUACAUGCAUUAACAGCCUCUAUCAAGAGAAAAACCCUUAAAUUACAAGGGGUGUUGAAGGGACAAACGGUAUCUAUUCUGGUGGAUACUGGUAGCACUAACAGUUUUCUGAAUGCAGCUUUACUGGAGACCAUGGAGCUAAGGACAGCUAGUAUGACACCCUUAAAGGCAACCAUCGCUGAUGUAACCACUAUUUCCAGUGAAUUGUUCUGUCCACAUGUAACAUGGAGCAUCCAGGGGUACAACUUUAAUUUUCCUUUGAUAGUCAUGGGACUGGGAACGUGGGAUCUCAUACUUGGAGUGGAUUGGAUGGUGCAGUACAGCCCUAUCACUUUUGAUUUCCAACAGCUGAUGAUCAAGCUAUCAGAAGAAGGGGGCGAGAUGGUAUUGGAAGGGGUAGCUGAGCAACCUUCAAUGAAGCUUAUCAGAGGUAAAGCAGUAAGAAAAUUCAUGCAACAGAAGCACAGAACCAGGCCAACCGUCUGCUCUGUGUCUGACGGAGGUAACUUGAAUGGCGUAAGUCCACUUCCCAGUGAGAUUUUUGAAUUAUUGCAUGAGUUCUCAGAUGUGUUUGCUGAGCCUACACAGUUACCACCAGAACGAGCACAUGACCACACCAUCCCACUGAAACCAGAUGCCCAGCCUUUUAAACUCAGACCCUAUAGGUACCCACAUUCCCAGAAAACAGAGAUUGAAAACCAAGUCUCAAACAUGCUUCAAACUGGCAUCAUUAAGCCUAGUACCAGUCCAUUCUCUUCCCCUGUCUUACUGGUCAAGAAGAAGGAAGGCACCUGGCGUUUCUGUGUAGACUAUAGGUACCUAAAUGACCUUACCAUUAAAGACAGGUAUCCCAUUCCAAACAUUGAGGAGCUCUUAGAUGAAUUGUUUGGCUCCAAGUUUUUCAGCAAAAUCGACCUCAGGUCAGGAUAUCACCAAAUCAGAGUCAAAGCCUGUGACAUUCAUAAAACAGCUUUCCAAACACACCAAGGCCACUAUGAAUUCCUAGUGAUGCCCUUUGGCCUGACUAAUGCGCCUACAUCUUUCCAAGCUCUCAUGAAUGAAAUUUUCCAGCCAUAUCUUAGAAAAUUUAUCCUUGUCUUCUUUGAUGAUAUACUAGUCUAUAGCCCGGAUUUACAAUCCCAUGCUAAUCAUCUGAGAACCGUGUUAAGAAUUUUGAAAUCUCACCAGUUGUAUGCCAAGAUGUCUAAGUGUAUGUUUGCUCAGCUGAGAGUGGAAUAUUUGGGCCAUGUCAUAUCCUACAAUGGGGUUGAGAUGGAUGUUGCGAAGGUGGAGUGCAUUAGAGCAUGGCCAGUACCUGAAUCUGUGAAAGCCUUGAGAGGUUUUUUAGGCCUUACAGGUUAUUACAGGAGGUUUGUACAAGGCUAUGGGUAA